GCGCUCUGGGCGUUGGACUCGGGCUGGAUCUUCAUCACUAAAAGAUUUUCUCCACGGCGGGGAUUUAAUUCUGCACCGAGCCGAAGGGUUUGAGUCGGAUCCCCGCUCCAGUCUUAUAUAUCUGUGUUUUCCUCCAGAGGAGAUUAUUCUAGAGCAGGGGGGCUGUUUGUGUACGCGCUUUGGGUUCUUUGUUGGAGAGAGAGAGAGAGAGAGAGAGAGAGAGAGAGAGAGAGAGAGAGAGAGAGAGAGACAGACAGACAGACAGACAGACAGACAGACAGACAGAGAGGUAAAGAUGGGAGCGCAAUCAUCUAAAUCGGAAACCCUGGCUGAGGCUGAAGCAGCGGUUGGAUCUCCAUCUAAAGCCAACGGACAGGAGAACGGCCAUGUGAAGGUGAACGGAGACGCAGCAGAGGUGAAGGAGGAGGUGCAGGUGAAUGGGACUGCUGCAGCUGAGGGAGAGCAGGAGGCAAAGCAAGAGAAGGAGGGUGGAGAUGAAGCUGAGGCCACACCCACUGAAAAAGAGGGAGAAGAAGGAGAGAAAGAAAACGAUGCAGCAGAUGAAUCUGUCCCUGUUACGGCUGCUGAUGAUGAGAAACCAUCCACCAGUGAGGAGACACCAAAGAAAAAGAAGAAGCGUUUUUCCUUCAAAAAGUCCUUCAAGCUGAGUGGCUUCUCCUUCAAGAAAAACAAGAAGGAGGCAGGAGAUGGAGGGGAACAGGAGGAGAAGAAAACAGAGGAAGAGGAGGAGAAGAAAACAGAGCAAGAGGAGGAGAAGAAAACAGAGGGAGGAGAGGAGGUGAAGAAGGAAGAGGAAGAAGGUGAAGCAGCUGCCGCUGAUGAGACCAAAGCUGAGGAGGAGAAAAAAGAAACAGAAGAAGUGGAGAAAAAAGAAGAGGAGAAAACAGAGGGGAAAGAUGAGAAGAAUGUGGAGGAGCCAAAGGUGGAGGAGAAAGUGGAGGAUCUGAAGGCAAUGGAGGCAGAGCAAAAAGAGGAGAAAUCGGAGGAAGGGAAUCUGAUAACACAGAAGGAAGUGAAGACGGAGGAUGAACCUGUUGUAGUUGCUUCACCUGUUCAACAAGAGGCACUGAGCAAAGAUGAAGCAGAGGAAGUGGCUACAGCUGAGCAGGAAACGGCUCAAACAGCUGAAGCUGGAGGAGCAGAGUAACACACACACGUGCACUAACUCACACACACACACACACACACACACACACACACACACACACACA